AAAAACCAGUGACACACAGUACUAUAUAAGCAGCAAAAACAGCAUUACCUUUCAGUAUGAUGCUAAAAUGGACAGUGUGAAACUCUAUGCGAUAUUGUUUGCCAUAGGCUGUGUCUUAUCCAUGUGCAUGGCUUUAGACUGUGACUGGAAGACACAGUUCAUAUACAAAGGGCGAUGUGAAACCUGCCAUUUAGGUGAAUUUCCCAUACUAGACUGCAGUGAAAACCAUGAGAGUCUAUGUAAGAAGUGCACAAGAACAGGUGAUCACUGCUUCUGUAAUAAUAGUUUGUGUGAAGAUGAUACAUGUUCCCAAUGUGUAUCCAGUCCACGUUGCAAACAGGGAGAAGAACUCAGGAGAAUAGGUCAUUUUCACUUUACAUAUAAAUGUGAGCCAUGUCGGAACCAAACCUACAAUGAUGAGGAGGACAAAAUGUGCAAGCCUUUAUUAGACUGCAGAAACCUUGGUUUGCGUGUGAUAUUUCCUGGAAACAGGACGCAUAAUACAAGAUGUGGUUGCUCAGACACAAACAAUAAUGAUGGCGUAAAGAUGACUACUAAUGGCUUAGUGGUGUGUUUAGCCAUCACUCUUUGGGCUUUCCUGAUAAUGCUUAUUUAUCUAUGUAUUCAGAGGACCAGAGAACAGGGAAUGAAGAAAAAACGUGCUCCAACCUCAAGUUCCCUGAAAGUGCCCUCUGAUGAAUGUACAAGCUGCAAGCUAUCUAAAGAAGAAAUGGGAGUGUAAAUGUGUAACCUCUGCAGUUUCAGCUACAUCAGCUCAGAAAUAGAUCCACAGCCUGAAUAGGGAACCAAUCAUUCUGAAACUUUAGGUAGGAACUGUGGAAUGUGUAAGCAUUACACCUUAAGCCGAACAUUUCACUCAUGGAUCUGCAAUAGACUUAUUAACUCUCAAGCAUGUUGCCUCACAGUCUUCAACAAAUCCCUGAAGAUGUAACUAAUCUGACCACGUAUGAACAUUGAUGCAAAACCGCCUUUAUCUCUCCUCUUGUGUGUUUCUGUUGGUCAUUUUCUUAUGUAAACCAGGUUCCUUUGACUUAGAUGCAAACUUAAUAUCCAUCAUCAGAUAAAGGAAUAUGAUUGAAAUGAUUUUUUCACUGUGAACAUUUGUAGCAUUCGAACAUACAGUACUAUAGCACUUACCACCCCAUUAUUGUGUUUAAUUUUCUACUUAAAGUUCUCAUGCACUUGCUUCUGGUUGAUUAAUUAUUUGUUCUAAUGCACUUUUUCACUGUGCAACUAACUGAAUUAUAUUGCUUUACUUAUAUAAAUUAAAUAAAACUGUGUCUGUGGAAUAAACAUAAUAAUAAUGUAGUAAUAACAGAU